CAGUAUAAGAAUUUCAAUACAAGAAAAUUGUUUUCAUCAUAAUCAUAUUGAUAUUUUUUGUGAUACUGGAGACUUGAGAUUUACAUACAAUCAAAAAUCAGCAGAGCAUAUUUUUCAGACUAGGUUUGGGCACAAAGAAUAAUGGAGUAUGUUUAGUGAUGAAGGAAGGCAAAACAAUGUGAAAUACAUAUUGUCAAGGUGAUGUGAGCUGCCACUUCUUGUUUCAGUACUGAAAAGCACCAGGAUUGAGCCAUUUCUAUGGUUUUUGUGAUUAUUGUUGCUUCAGUGGUCGAACAUGACAAACAUUCAGCCAAAAACGUCUGCGCUACUAAUCUGUUCUACCUGUUUCUGUGUGAUUGUUGAGGUUCAAACAUUUUAGGUGUACCCUACCCCUUAGGUGUUUACACUGAGUGAAAUAUUCAAAUCCAGGACGCCAUGUUUUUAUGGCUGCACCUCCAGUAUAUGUACUUAUUUGAUUAUUUGUAUUUCCGUCAUUUAUAAUUACGAACAAAAGGUGGCAGUGUUUCGCUACAAGCCGUCGGUCGUCAUUGCAGAAAAAGGGGGAGGAAGAAGAAGACGACCGCGCUGGACUUGAAAUCAGUGCACUGACCUGGGAGGUUGUCCGCGGGCGGGUCUGACUCUCUCUGUCUGUCUCUCUCCGCUCUUCGGUUCACCGGAGACCUCGGUACGUUCAAACAAAUGGUUCACAGGUGCUGCGUUGACGCCUGCUCGAACACCAAACGCCCGCGCCUCGCCUUUCAUCGGUUCCCACUCGUCGACCCAGAGAGACUGAGGCAAUGGCUGUUUGCGCUCAACAUGGAUGUAAACACUCCGCUCCACGUUAUCAACAAGCUGUUCGUCUGCCAGAAGCACUUCCAGCCGGACGACUACUACCAUACCCCGAACCAGCAGGCCCGCCGGGGCCGGCUCCUCAAGACCACCGCCGUCCCCACCCAGUUCAAACACAUGCACACCUCCGAGACAGGUGACCCCACCGCCUGUGUCAUGUACCUGGAUGAGCUGGGAAAGCCCCCGUCAAAAAAAGCCACAGUGUUGAACAAGGUGAACAAAGCUCCUCCAGCCCCCACAGGAUUGGAUGCAUCUGCUGCAGGUUUUGAGUGGGGAGCCUACCUGGAGAAGGAAACCUCUCUGGCUGCAUCAGUGUCCUGCUUCAGACAUGUUCCCCUGUGUGCCCAGUGGAAUGAUAUCAUCGUAGGGAUGAAGGUGGAGGUCCUGAACACAAAUGCAGUGCUGCCCAGUAAAGUCUACUGGAUUGCUACAGUCAUCCAGGUUGCAGGAUACAAAGCCCUGUUGAGAUAUGAAGGCUUUGAGCACGACAGCAGCCACGAUUUUUGGUGCAGCCUGGUUUCGGGAGAGCUGAACCCGAUUGGUUGGUGCGCCAUGACGAGCAAGCUGCUGGUACCACCACAAGAUGUGAAGCAGAACAUCCCAGAUUGGAAAGAGUAUCUGAUGAAGAAGCUGGUGGGGGCCAACACACUACCUGUUGACUUCUACCUGAAGGUAAAAAAAAUGUUGGCAGAGAGCAUGAGGACCUCUUUCAGAAUAGGAAUGCGUGUGGAGGUGGUGGACCCUAAACACGUGAGUCGGACCCGCGUGGCCAUCAUAGACUCGAUUAUUGGUGGGCGCCUGCGGCUGGUGUACGCAGACCAAAGCGACGCCCCCGAAAACUCCACUUCUGACUUCUGGUGCCACAUAUGGAGUCCCCUCCUGCACCCGAUAGGCUGGUCCAGCAAAGUCGGCCAUGCCAUGAAAGCACCUGUAAAAAGUGUGGAAGCUGCUGGCAGUGGGUUGAAGGGUAACACUGACAGUACGUUCCUGCUCUUUAAAAAGCCCAGGUUUGUCUACAUGGCGGGAGGUUUCUUUGAGGAAGGAAUGAAGCUGGAGGCCAUUGAUCCUCUUAACCUUGGAAAUAUCUGUGUGGCUACUGUACACAAGGUGCUGUUAGAUGGCUACCUGAUGGUCGGAAUCGAUGGAACCACAUCAAACAACGGCUCUGACUGGUUUUGUUACCACGCCUCAUCUCAUGCCAUCCUUCCUGUACACUUCUGUAAAACAAACAACAUCCCUCUCACGGUUCCUCAAGGUUAUGACCCUCAGACCUUCACCUGGGAAAAGUACUUGAAGGAGACUACAGCAAAAGCUGCACCGGCUCAACUGUUUAACACUGACUACACGGGUCACAGCUUCUCUCCCAACAUGAAGCUGGAGGCAGUGGACUUGAUGGAGCCGCGCCUGGUGUGUGUGGCCACCGUGAAGCGCUACGUGGGCCGCCUACUGCUCAUCCACUUCGACGGCUGGGAUGAUGAGUUCGACCAGUGGAUCGACUACCAGUCCCCAGAUAUCUACCCUGUUGGCUGGUGCGAGCUCGUGGGCUACCAGCUCCAGCCGCCUCCUGGACAAGUUGAUUUAAUCGAAACCCAGGCAGCACAGAGCAAGAAAUACAAACCCUUUGCAUAUGGGAAAAAGAAAAAGAGGGGUGCAAAGAAGAGGCUUUCUCAGGACCAGGCUAAAGACGAUGCGGGUCAGCAGCCUGAGGUCACUGACAAUGACAGUCCUCCAAGGCUGGAAGGCCCAAGUCUUCCUCCAAAAGUGCCUCUCAUGCAGCCCAAGACUGAGCCAGAGGAGCAGGAGAUCAUUGCAGUGCAGGUGAAAGUGGAGGAGGUGGAGAUGGAGACCCCCAUUGAUCAUCCAGACAACCCUCAACCAGUCUCUUUGGGUAUAAUUAAACAGGAGGGAGCCGGGGAGCAGAGUAAGUCAGGACUACACCCAGCACCAGAGCAGAGCAGCUUGGAAACGGUAGCACAGGACAAGACGAGGAAGAGUAAAACUGCAGCAGGAAGACGUGAUGAGAGGGUAUCAUUGGAAGAGAGCUCUACUGGUGAAAGUAGCAUGGAGCAGAGUGAAAACAGAAAAGGCAGUGAUGUAGAGAUGAGUCAAAAGGUGGAGGAGGGGAGCCAAGGAGACGACAGUGCCAUGGAGAAUAUUUCAGAGAGCGAUACGAAGACGAGUACGUCUGCUUAAAAGAAUAAAGAGCACUAGAAAAGGUGGAUGAGCAAAAAGAUGGGGACAACUAUACCAAUGUGUCGAAGAAAAGAAAAACUAAAGGAAAACCACUGACCAAAAAAGACAAACCGAUACAAACAAAAGCAGGCUGGGCUAUUUAGAGAAAAUAAAAAGGUGCAUCUUUUAUUCUCUAGUGUUUAAAGUUAUGAUCUUCAAGGUUUCAGUCUUGGUUGAUUUGGCAACAAUGCUUUAAUCCAGCUCUGAUACAGCUGUGGGAGAGUGAACAGUAAACUGAUAUCAAUGAGAUAAAAUUCAGUGGAAUCAAUGAGAUAAAAUUCAGUGGAAUCACACUGGAUUACAUGCAUGCUUCUUUUCUUUUCUGGCUUUUUUUAAGCAGUUGGGAUCCAGAGCAGAAAUGGGGGAGGAAAAUCUUAAGGGUCAUAACUUUAGAUACUUGAUGUACCUCUAAAUUAUGACUGAAAAUGGUUCAUAAGGAUUAAUUUAACCAAUUUCAAACCUACCUCACUUUCUUGUGUCUGUAAGCUCCACUACACAAUGAUAUUCAUGCAGAAUUGAAAGGUUUCAAUGACUUUGUUUUAUUGGAGUUUAACACGACUUAUCAUUCUGAAUCUUAACAUCAAACCUGUAAAUAUAAGUGUUCAUUCUGGGUUGACAUAGAAGACACGUUUCUGUUGUAAUGUUUUAUUUUUUUCCUGUUUUAUACCUAGAUGUCUUCUCUUUGUAAAUAUGAAAUCACUGAUAAAAAAAAUAUAUAUUGUUCCUAAACUUUCUGAUUUGAA